AUGUGUGGCUACUACGGAAACUACUAUGGCGGCCGUGGCUAUGGAUGCUGUGGCUAUGGAGGCCUGGGCUAUGGCUAUGGAGGCCUGGGCUAUGGCUAUGGAGGCCUGGGCUGUGGCUAUGGCUCCUACUAUGGCUGUGGCAUCCGCAGGCUGGGCUGUGGCUAUGGCUGUGGCUAUGGCUAUGGCUCACGCUCCCUCUGUGGCUGUGGCUAUGGCUUUGGUUCUGGGACAACCUCAACACCCAACACCAUGUGUGGCUACUACGGAAACUACUAUGGCGGCCGUGGCUAUGGAUGCUGUGGCUAUGGAGGCCUGGGCUAUGGCUAUGGAGGCCUGGGCUAUGGCUAUGGAGGCCUGGGCUAUGGCUAUGGAGGCCUGGGCUGUGGCUAUGGCUCCUACUAUGGCUGUGGCAUCCGCAGACUGGGCUGUGGCUAUGGCUGUGGCUAUGGCUAUGGCUCACGCUCCCUCUGUGGCUGUGGCUAUGGCUAUGGUUCUGGGUAUGGAUCUGGCUUUGGCUACUAUUACUGA